AUGUUCAAAAUCGCUACAGUAUUAAUAACAAUGGCAUCAAUUGCCAUUCAUGCUGCUCCACAAGGACGAAGAAAUUCCGGGGUCGGGCGCAACGACCUUGGUGGUGAAGGUGAUGCAUGGCGGUUGGAGGAUAUAUCAAGCGGAAAUCAGCUGGGAACUGCCAACAAUGGCAUUCGAAGAGCCUUCUGGCAAUACAAAAUAGCACAUAUUCGGCCAAAUAAAGGAGUUUGGCAAUCGGAAAAUCGGGGUGAGCGGAAUCGAGAGGAACAGAACAGUCAGGAGGAGGGUCGACAAACGGAGCCAAAUAGGAGCGAUGAAGCUGAAGAAAUAGACGAGCGACAAAUUGAAGAACCAGCACAGGAAAAUGAACAAGAAGGCGAGAGGGAAGGAAAUCGACAAAAUAGUCGACGAGGUCGCGUUCGAAACGAAAGUCGCCUACAAGGCGAAGAUCGUGCAGCGGUCGAAAGGAAUAGUGAAGGAGGCGAACAACAGCGUGGCAGAGGUCGCCAAGAAGCUCGUCAGGGUCGCCGACAAGAAGAAUCUCGAGAGUCUAGUCAAGAAUCUGAUGACCAAACCGAACCAGCUGAUCAGAUUCAAGAGGAACAAGAAGGUAGUGAUGAAGUUAGCCAAGAAAAUCAGCGGGAAAAUGGCCAGGAAAAUAAUGCAUCCAAAGGUAUUGCCGACUAUGAAUACUCAUAUGGAGUUAAUGAUCCAGCAACCGGUGACCACAAGGAUCAGUGGGAGAAACGAGUUGGAGAUCAUGUGGAGGGAGGAUACAUUCUGGAUCAACCCGAUGGCAAGAGACGUGUGGUGAAGUACGAAAGCGGGAAGAAAGGAUUCGAAACGAAUAUUAUGCAAAUUGAGCGUAAGAAGGGACAGAAGAAAAGUUCGAAAAAGCAAAAGUCAGUAGCGCACAGCUACGCGAAUGUGAAGCAGAAUAAUUAACGAACUGGCAUGACUCAUAGUGGCAUAACA